CAGCACCAUUCGGGCUGGCCAGCGGCGCUGCGCGGGCGCUGCGCGGGGCCAUGCCACGCUCCUUUCUGGUGGACUCGCUGGUGCUGCGGGAAGCAGGCGAGAAGAAGGGGGAGGGCAGCCCCCCGCCGCCGCUCUUCCCCUACGCCGUGCACCCCUCGCACCCGCUGCCGGGGCUGCCGGCCGGAGCCUGCCACGCUCGCAAGGCCGGGCUGCUCUGCGUGUGCCCGCUCUGUGUUACCGCCUCCCAGCUGCACCCGCCGCCGCCCGCCAUUCCCCUCAUCAAGGCCUCCUUCCCACCCUUCGGCUCCCAGUACUGCCACUCGCCCCUGGCCCGCCAGCAACACUCCGUCUCCGCCGUCAGCGUCGGGCAUGCACCGGCGCUCUACCAGGGCGCCUACCCGCUGCCCGACCCCCGGCAGUUCCACUGCAUCUCCGUGGACAGCACGUCCAGCCAGCUGCCCAGCAGCAAGCGGAUGCGCACCGCCUUCACCAGCACGCAGCUCCUGGAGCUGGAGAGGGAGUUCGCCUCUAACAUGUACCUCUCCCGCCUGCGACGAAUCGAGAUCGCCACCUACCUGAACCUCUCCGAGAAGCAGGUGAAGAUCUGGUUCCAGAACCGAAGGGUCAAGCACAAGAAAGAAGGCAAAAGCAGCUCCCACAGGGGCGGGGGGGGCGGCCACAGCUGCAAAUGCUCAUCCCUUUCCACCACCAAGUGCUCGGAAGACGACGAGGACUUGCGCAUGUCUCCGUCCUCCUCGGGGAAGGACGACAGAGGCCUCGCAGUCACCCCCUAGCCCCCCGCAUGCCCACCCAGCUGCCCAGGAACUGUGGCGAGAGCAGGAGGAGCAGUCCUGCCUGCUCCGAUGCUGGCAUGCAGUGGAAGGAUUUUAUAUCGUUUUGUAUAAUUGUGUAAUUUGCAAAGGACUUUCUCGCCUUUCUAGACUCCCAGUCCACGUGGGCGGGUGUCCGUGCGCCCUAUUGUAAAUAAACUGCUCCCUCUGACCCCAGGCUUCCCCUAGUAGUGCUGUCUCACUUGUCUCCCGCAGGCGCAGCCCCGGGGGCUCCUCUCAGACCGCCCCGCUCACCGAGGCAGGCGUGAAUGCUGCGCGGCGGCAGGCGGUACGGACCGCCCGGAGGGAUGCUGUCCUAGGCUGUGUUCGGGAGCCCGGCAGUGCCCGAAAACGGGCGAAAGGGGAGGGUCGGGGGCUGUUUGGGUUAUUAUCUUUAUAUUCUUUUUAAUUUUUCUUUGUAUAUAUUUUUUUUUCCCAAAAUUGUUCUCGGUUUUGCUUUCCAUUUCACCGCUGCCGGGCGCGCAGCUGUGGUUGUAUCGUUCGGUCCCGCUCCCUCCACCCCGGGAGAUAUUUAUUUAUUUAUUUAUGUGCAGAGAAACGACGAUGACGAUGAUAAUAAUUACCAUGAUGAUAACA